AAGUGAGCUGCUCUUUUCCUCUAGUGCUGGAUUAAUGUACGCUGUCGUCCUGACGUCAUCUCAAUGCGACUGUUAUGUCAGCGGUGGAACUUAGAAACUGCCAAUAGCAACGUGAACCCGCAGUUCAGUGAAGCGGCACGGUGACCCUAUAAACGUUAGGUGACUGAACACGGGGCUGUGUGUGAGAAGAUAACCUGGUGUGGUACUCUCAGGGAGCUUGUAGCUCUCCUCCAUCCAGCGGCUGGACAUGAGCACACAGUACAGCAUCCUCUACAAGCAAGAGCUAGCCCACAGUGAUGCCAUAUGGUCAGUAGCGUGGGGUAAAAACACAAGUGAUGGGUCAGAGACAGUAAUCAGUGGUUCCCUGGAUGAUGUGGUGAAGGUGUGGAAAUGGAGUGGUGAAAAGCUAGAGCUUCAAUGGACAUUAGAGGGUCACCAGCUGGGGGUGGUGUCUGUGGAUGUCAGUCACACUGGAAACGUUGCCGCAUCCAGCUCUUUAGAUGCACACAUUCGCCUCUGGGAUCUUGACUCUGGGAAGCAAAUGCGUUCCAUUGAUGCUGGACCAGUGGAUGCCUGGUCUGUGGCCUUUUCACCAGACUCCCAGCACUUGGCUACGGGAAGUCAUGUGGGAAAAGUGAACAUCUUUGGUGUGGAGACUGGAAAGAAGGAAUACUCACUUGACACCAGAGGCAAAUUUAUCCUCAGUAUUGCUUAUAGUCCAGAUGGUAAAUAUCUUGCCAGUGGAGCCAUUGAUGGAAUUAUUAACAUUUUUGAUAUUGCAACUGGCAAACUCCUCCACACGCUGGAAGGACACGCUAUGCCUAUCAGGUCACUGACAUUCUCACCAGACUCCCAGCUGCUAGUGACAGGCUCUGAUGAUGGAUAUAUAAAGAUCUAUGAUGUGCAACAUGCCAGUUUAGCUGGUACCCUCAGCGGACAUGGCUCCUGGGUCCUGGAUGUGGCUUUCUCCCCUGAUGAUGCUCAUUUUGUGUCCAGCUCUUCUGAUAAAAGUGUAAAGGUAUGGGAUGUCCCCAGCAGAACGUGUGUACAUACGUUCUUUGACCACCAAGAACAGGUUUGGGGUGCACAGUACAACCGAAAUGGAUCUAAAAUUGUAUCUGUUGGAGAUGAUCAAGAAAUCCAUAUUUAUGAUUGUCCCAUAUAAAACAUUCCUUUUCAUUGUGAAAGGACUAGCAGAAUUACCUGGCUUGGCUGAGUCUUCUAUAAACUGUCAUCAUACCAGAUCCUGGAUGUACAUACGCUUCAGUCAAUGAGAGAGAACAAACACCAUGCAGUUUUCUGUGAAAAUCCAUCACUGAAACCAGAAACCUAAG